AGAAAUUGCAAAUGAGUGAAUCAAAAGCCCAAGAUGACUUAGUAAUUUACUUGGAUAGAGGUCUUUCUAAGAACGCUGAGCUUAUUCAUGGAGUCAAUCCCGUUUUAUUAUUUGAAAAAAUCAUCAGAGAAAGAAUUUUGGAUACAAUUUACUGGAAAUUGAAUUGUUUUGGAUUAACACCGUUAACUAUUCUUGACAAAGCAGUUAAGAUCAAAAUAAUCGGUGGACAAGAUUCCAAUCAAAGACCCUCACACUUUCAAUGUUUAUUGUUGAAAUUACUUCAAAUACAUCCAUCAAAGGAGAUAAUCUCGGAAUAUAUUAACCAGAAACGGUUUAAAUAUUUGACGUGUCUAGGCUUGAUGUAUGCUCGAUUGUGUUUUGAUUCAAUAGACGUUUACGAAACAUUGGAGACCUAUUACAACGAUUACAGAAAGGUGAGGUUUAGACCCAACCAUGGUUCACCGGUUAUGUUGUAUCAUAUUGAUGAAUUUGUCGAUGAGCUUUUGACGAAAGAAAGAGUCUGUGAUUUGAUUUUACCCAGAUUGCCUAAUAGAGAAUUCUUAGAAGACGAAAAGGAUUUAGAACCAAGAAAAAGCACAGUAGAAUUGAAUAUCGAGUCUGAGUCUGAGCCCGGAUCUGGAUCUGGAUCUGAAUGAAGUCUCAACUACAUUGAAUCUUAUCCAAGAGCAAUGGUCUUAUUGUCACCAUCUCGGUUUGUUUGUGGAAGCACCAAAAACCUCAAAAAGGCUCUGGCUUAAUAGAUCCACCAUAACGGAUUCUCAGCCAUUGCGCGCAAUCACACAUAAACACGCGUGUUUAUGCAUGAAGAUACGCUUUUACUAAACAUGUAAACAUGUGAUUUCAUUGGCUUUCGAGCGAGAUUUUUUUCAGCUCCAAAACAACCUUUGCACUACAAUUGUUGAGCCAGUUAUUUACAAAAUCCAG